CAUACAUUAAUGUUUGACGCCUAUAUAAUCUGAUCACCUUUCCAUACUUUUCUGCUGCACUCUCUCUAGCUCUUUGGUUCUGUUUCCAUUUAAAUGCUCAACACACAGUACAACUAUAAACAAGAUGGUUUCAUUUGCUUCAACAUCUAGUAUUCUUCUUACUAUAUUUUCUAUCUGCACUCUAGUUCAGCUGAUCGAAUCCAUUCCAGUUAUUAAGUUACCUCCGAAUAUUAAAAUUCCAGCAAUUCUUGUGUUCGGAGACUCGAUAGUUGAUCCGGGGAAUAACAACAACAUGCUUACGCUCGCUAAGAGUAACUACCUACCUUAUGGAAGAGAUUUCCAGGGUGGGAACCCAAGUGGAAGAUUUAGCAAUGGCAAAAUCCCUACUGACUUGAUAGUUGAAGCAUUGGGAAUUAAGGAACUUUUACCAGCUUAUAACGACCCUUCUUUGGGACCAAAUGAUCUCCUUACGGGUGUAAGCUUUGCGUCCGGUGCAGCCGGAUAUGAUCCACUUACCUCUAAACUCGCGACGGCUAUAAGCAUGGACAAACAAAUGGAUAUGUUCAAAGCAUACUUAGCUAAAGUCACAGCCAUUGGAGGAGAAGAGAAAGCUAAGAGUAUUUUAUCAGAGAGUGUGUACCUAAUUGUUGCAGGAAGUGAUGACCUUGCCAAUACUUAUUUUGGUUCAAAAUUAAGAAAUAAUUACGAUAUCCCGGCCUAUACUGAUUUUAUGGUAGAAGGAGCCUCCAAUUUUAUUCAGGAAUUGUACGAUUUGGGAGCAAGGAGAAUUGGAGUACUUGGCACACCGCCAAUAGGAUGCCUGCCAUCCCAGAGAACAUUAGCGGGAGGCAAAGCGAGAAAUUGCGUAGAAAACUAUAACGAAGCUGCUCAGCUUUUCAACUCAAAGCUGAUUUCAGCACUUGACAAACUCACGUCUAAGUUUGUACAUGGGAGAGCUAUAUAUGUGGAUAUCUAUAAUCCUCUCCAAUAUAUUGUCGAACAUCCUGAAAAAUAUGGUUUUGAAGAGGUAACGAGAGGAUGCUGUGGAACAGGAACGAUAGAAUCGACGUUCUUAUGUAAUGAGCUGAACCCAUUUACUUGUGAAGAUGUCUCCAAAUAUGUAUUUUGGGACAGUUACCAUCCCACACAGAAAGCCUACGAACUACUUUUCGGACCCAUCAUCAAGAAAUACCUCAACAGCUUCCUAUGUGACAACGGCUUAUGCUGAUGACUAAUUCUACUACUUAAUCCAUUGUUCCAAAAAUCAGAUGGGUAUAUGUGGUUCCAUCAUAGUUCCUCAGUUUGUCUUAAUCUUCAUUUAUGUUGUGAUUUGACUGUUCGGCACUACAAUUAUUAUUAAUUUUAUUACUCAUUCUAAGUAAUAAAUGAUUGAGAAAGAGAAAUUGUUGAAUGGGCUUGCAUUUUUGUUCAUUAAAGGCCUAUAAGGACUGCAAACCCAUCUUCUUCUCUUCAUUGAAGAUUCUAGAGAUUUCAGACAUUUUGUUCAUGAUACAGUAUUGGACGAAGGGCCAAACUAUAAAUUCCAAUGCACUCCAAUGAAGUGCAGUGUUUACUUAUGAGGUGAAAGGCCGAUUGCAAAACAUUCCUCAUGUCUGAAUUUACACACUGUAAAGACAAUCACACGACGACACUUGUUGGUACGUGUAAAAAUCGGUGGGAGAAAAUGAGGAUAGUAAGUGGUUUCGCUAUUGCGGUUGCAAGUCAGAAAGGGU